AUGUAAUUGAUUUUGAAAUAGAUAUUAAUUUAACAAAGUAAUGUAAUUAAAUUAUAUAACUAUAGUUAUUAAACUAUUCUACCUUAAUAACUUUAAGAAUACAUAGAUAGUCAACUAAUAUGAAAUUAAUUGAAAUUACAAAUUAAACUAUUGCAUUCCUCGAGUAAUAAGAAAUAUUAAAAUGGAAUUCAUUAACUAAAUUUUAUCUAAACAAUUUAAAUAAAUUUACAUAUCGUUUAGAUUAUAUUGAACAAUUUUACAAUGUAGAUCUAUUUUUAGUAUUUUAUUUAUUUCAUCAUUAGAUUUGGUAGUUGAUAAUUAUUCGUUAAAGAUUUAUAAUAAAUAAAAAAUAAGAUGAAAUAAUAUGA